UCGGCAACAAGCACUAUCGAAAAACGGGUCGGCACUGAUGAUAGGCAUAUCACCAUGCCAUCUCUGCUGCAUCAUUGAUGUUGUCUACCAUGGACUGAUGAGAUUGAGACUGGAAACAGCCUUCAGCAAUUCACUCAUCUCUUGCUCACUGCCUUCCCAUAUCAGUCUUCAUCGUAUUGCAUUUAGUGUGAAGUUGAUGCCUAAUGUUGCCAUGGCGACUCACCAAAGUUCCCUAAGGUGCUCUAGCUUACCUAGUUCCUCUGUGGCACAGUCUCGCUAUCUCACGAUCUGGACACAUGGCAGGAAUUGCGUCUUCAAAAAAAAAAAACCCCCCCCCCCAUUUUUUCUGGCAGAUGUGAGAAGCAUUGAACGGUCAUUGAAGCAGACUGAAAGUUGCUUCCGCUUGUCCGUCACCAACUUCACACCGACUUGAGGUUAUGAUGUAUUUCAAGGUUGGCAGUGCUCUCGCAAGCGCCACUAUUGCCAUCUUUCUUUUCGCUAUUGUAGUGAGCGGCAUCACCCCGCUACCCUCUCUCCUCGCUAGCACUGGAAAAUGCAAGCCAGUGACUUGGGCGAAUCCCACUACUCCCGGGCGUCCCGCAGUCACGAUAUCACGACCACGCAAAUGCACAACUCAUACACUCAUUCAUGGAAUCAGAGGUGCCGCUACACAACCAGGGGAGAUUAACUGUCGCUAUGAGAGUAACACCUACGAAAAUGUCGGUCCGGAGACCUGUCGGAAGCUAGCAGUCCGUUACCAGAUUACACUGGACAAGUUCUUCCUCCUUAACCCUUCCUUGGACCGCGACUGCAAGAACAUAUUUCCCUGUGCCACGUACUGCACUGAUGGAUUCGUAGAGCCGAAGAGGGCCUGGGAUGGCGUGUGUGGCCCGUCGCGCCCAGGCGUCACCUGUGUUGGAACAAACGGGCAAUGCUGCAAUUCGGAGACUUGGCGAUGCGGCCAGAAAGACAUCGACUGUGCGCCUGGAACUUGCUGGGAGGGUAUCUGCUGGGGCCACAAAGUGUACACGACCGAUGGGACCUGUGGAUACGCGAAUGGCAAUCGCAAGUGUGCUGGAAAGCAGGGAACUUGCUGCAGCAUAUACGGCCGCUGUGGGGGACGCGAAGACUUUUGCGGCAUGGGAAUCUGCCAAUCGGGAGACUGUGAAAGUUCGCAGCCACACAUGGAUGUCUUCCUUAUGAACGAAAAGAUGUGCCGCCCUUGAGUGAGUUCGUGUACCCAAGCAGAGGCUGAGGUUUAGUCAGGUUGUCUUUCAGUCUCCCUCGUGUCCGGCUGGAGGGGGGUGGGGGUCGGUCAUGCCCUUAGCUAUCACUCCCGAGUCUGUGACAAGCCUGAGGAACAUUGAACGUUCCCUUUAGAUGAAAAUUGGAGUAUUUGAGUAAUUCAACAUUCUUGAACACGAAGACACGAAAGAUAUUGUCACGGCGGAUAUAUCAUCCGUGAUUCCCGCGGGACUUUGAGCUGCAAUGACCGUCGACAUCUCAG